GGCGAGUGGAUGAGAACAAACUAUAGUGAGCGACAAAUUUCAAGUUUUAAGUGCAGUAUCUAAGUACUUUGCACACCUUCGUUAGUUGAUAAUGUGCCAUGCAAUAGUGUACUCGCCGAUUUGUUUCUGGUCAUACUUUAUUGUAGACUAGCUUUAUAAGCUAGUGGUUGUUGUCAGCGGUAACCUAGCAGCCAAAGCAUCAGAGAGUGGAAACGCCAGAAUGGACGUUUAUUCAUCUGUCACAUGUAGUUUCCGUCUGUCGGAUAUAAAUAACGAGGACAGACCUUAUCGUCACGUUCAAGUACUAAACUACAGCGUGCAAUACCAAUGGUGAAUCAAUCUCGUCCCGAUUCACCAUCAACAAUUAGCCUAGCUUUAAGACUAACACCAGCAUUCUGUAGUUAUCGCGGCACAAACUUUCACAAACAACGAAGCAAAGAUGCCGCCGGCUGCCCUUGAGUGGGAUAAAGUGACGACAAUUGAACCGGCGACCCUCCAUCAAUGUGGGAAAGGCCAAGUGGACGAGGUCUUCGACAUGUUCAUUAUGACAGAAGAUUGGGAAGUGAAGAAUAAAACUCCCGAGGACAUUGUUCAUGUCUUCAGGGUGUUACAGGCCAUGCUCAAGAUAAAGGAUCGGGAACUUGCUGUUUCCAUCAAAUUCUUUGAAGAUGCUGUGGAAGAAAAUGCAAAAGCUGAAAAUGAACUCCUUGCUAAGGUGUCGAAGCUGGAGCAAGAACGGAAGAACCUCGGCACUGGACCAGACAGCCGCUUUCUGAGAGAUGAGAUCCGGCAGCUUGAGAUCCAACUGGAGCAAAAGGAUAAGGACCUGACCCAGUUAAAGAAAGAAAUGGUCAAGGAAAAGAAAACCCAUGAGGAGUUGGUUGUGCGAGCAGAGAAAGCUGAGGAUGAUGUGAAAAAGCUAAAAAGAGAGAAUGAGCAGCUCCAGCAGGACGUGCUCUUCUAUCGCGAAGAGUUGGAACAGAAAGAGUCGGUUCCGUCCAGGGAAGAGAACGCUGAAAUGCAGAGAAAAAUCAACUUAUUGAAACGCCAUAUCUGCCAGGAUGAGGAAGACCUUCAGCGGAUCGGGGAAGAAAACACACACCUGAUAACACAGAAUGAGCAGCUGCAGAAAAGCCUAGAGGAAUCCGUGAAGGAGAUGGAGGCCAUGACAGACGAGUACAACAAGAUGAAGAUUGUUGUACAGCAGACGGAUGCCAUUAUGGACCAGCUCAGGAAAGAGAGGGAUCAUUUAAAGCUGCAGGUCAGAGAGUUAACGGAUAACAUUCAUGGCAUGACUGGACAGGAUGACCCAAUUAUGGCAGCAGUUCAUGCCAAAGUGGAAGAGUGGAAGCAAGUGCUCUCUGGGAAGGAUGAGGAAAUUAUACUGUACCAACAGAUGAUUCGCGAUCUGAGGGAUAAGCUGCGUUCAGCCCAACUGGAUGUGGAGAAGAGCAACGUUAUUGCCUUGCAGCAGGCUGUCCAAGAGCGGGAUAUCCAAAUCAAGACGCUGAGUGAGCAGGUGGAGCACUAUACAGCAGACAUGGAGCAGCACACUGUUUUCAUUGAGACGUUAAAGACAUCCGUGAAGAAAGACAGAGGUCUGCCCUCAUCCACACAGCAGAGAAAGAUGGAAGAGCUAAAGUCUAAGCUGGAAGCUGCAGAGAGCAGAGCAGUGCAAGCAGAGCAGGUGGUAAAGCUUGCUGAGGCUCAUGCCGAGGAAAAGGACAAGGCACUCAUUGAGACUUCUGUGCGCUUGAGACAGUAUGAAUCUGGCACUUAUGGGCUGGAAGCUGCCAUUGCGGAGAUUAAAGAGUGUAAAAAUCAAAUCAAAGAGAGAGAUUGUGAUAUAGAGGCCAUGACCAAAGAGAUCAACCAGCUUGGGUUGAGGAUCAAUGACCUCUUGGACGAAAACGAGGAUCUCCGAGAAAAACUAGGUCUGGACCCAAAGCAGGAAGUGGAUCUGACAGAAUUCAGACGAGCCAAAUGUCUCAGGCAGCGCCAGUACAAAGCAGAAAAUCAAGUCCUUACAAAAGAGAUUGAACGGCUUGAAGAGGAAAGACUGGACCUAAAGAAGCAAAUUAGGCAUAUGGCCAAGGAAAGAGUGAACUCAAGGCCAAGCGUUGUCCUGGAGGAGAACAUUGGCUCCGACAGAACUGUGCCACUGAGAAGCACUCACACAGAUGAAGAGAUCAAACACAAGAAUGAACACCUGGAAAAAAAACUGACUGAAAAGGAGAUUGAGUUGAGACUUCUGAAGACCCAGUUUCAAGCCAAAGCGGAAGAAUUGUCAAAAGUGAAACAAGAUCAGGAGACUGUCCUGAAAGACGCUCUCCAAGCCAUGAGGAUUAAUCAAGAGGCCACUGCAUCUGAUGGUGCCAUCAUUACACUGGCUAAUGCAGUAGAUGUCAGCGAUAGGAGUGCGAAGUCUGAAUCAGCUCUGCACCUCAAGUCCCACGUACAUCAGCUGGUGGGGAGAAACCAAGAACUGAGACAGGAACUGAAACUGGCACGUGAGGAAGCGGCAAGCAGCUUCAGCCAACUUGGCAGAGCCAAAGAAAAGGUGAGCCACUUGGAAGGGGAAUUGGAGCUGCUUAGGAAGUCAGGCAGCACUGGCGUUGUCCUCAGACCUCUGACCCUUCCUGAGGAGCUGGGGCCCAGCAGCACUGAGGUCAUUAGUUCCCUGAAUGAGUACGCCGUUCGACUUCUUCAGGAACAGAAAAAUAAGGAGGAACAAUGCAAGACGCUUACUGGAAUGUUGGAGCAAUACAAAGAGAAGUUUUCUGUUAUCAGCCACCAACAGGGACUCCUUUACAAAGAAUACCUAAGUGAGAAGGCUGAGUGGCAGAAGGAGAAAGAGACGUUAAAAGAGGCGAAAGACAAGCUGGAAGAGCAAAAGCAAGUGGAUGCUGUUAAAGUUCAAGAGUUUAAUGAGCUGCUUGACACGCUUGGAAAGGGCCCAGAGGAAGUCAGGAGACAGUUGAGUGAAGCAUUGCGCAAUCUGACAAUGCUAAAGGUCAACGAGAAGAAACUGAUGCGCCGCUACACCACCCUGCUGGAGCAGGAGCAGCACCUCCGCAAGGAAAACAACAGACUGAGAGAGGAGAGUGUCCACAUGCAGACUUCUGUCACCCAGAGGAUUGGUUACCUGCAGAGAUAUAAGGAAAUGUCUGCAUAUAAAGUCGCAGCUCUGCAAAAGGCCUUGGACGACAGUGUGCCCGCUUUAGAGCUAGAAAAGGCUAACAGACAAUACACAGAGCUCACAGUCAAAUACAGAGAUGUGCUGCAGAGGGACAGUUGCCUCAUACGGAGAACCACCAACCUCGAACAUUUGGAGAGUGAGAAUGAGUCUCUGCGGGCGCAAAUCUCUGCUGUGAAUAAAGAGCUGGAGAUCACGAAGGAGAAACUGUAUACUUUAGAGCACGCGUGGGAGAGCAUCAGUUCAACUGGAGGUGAAAGUGGUAUGGAUAAAGCAGGGAAGGCACUGGCCAACAACGAAAUGGUAUCAGCUGCCAGAAGAAUCACCACUCUGGAGAUGAAGGAGCUGAAUGAAAGGCAGAGAGCUGAGCAUGCCCACAAAAUGUAUGAACACACGAGGAGCUCCCUCCGGCAUGUGGAGGAGCGCAACUUAGAGCUGGAAUCCAAGAUUGCAGAGUUGACCAGAAUGAAUGUGGAGGCCCAGAUGAUGGAACGGGAGCUGAGAGAUGAGCUGGCAAACAGCGUCAGUAAAGCUGUCAGUGAUGCUGAUAGAGCAGCGAUUAGAAGGCUGGAGAAAGCCGAGGUCGAGCUUCGCAUCGAAGUCUCCAAGUUUCAAGAGAUGUCUGAUGUGGCUGUGAUGCAGGUGACUGCUCUACGGGCACGACUCAGUUCUAGUGAGAAGGAAGUAGAAGCUUUGAGGAGACAAAUAAUGGACUUCCAGUCGCUGUCCGAUGAGAAAGCCUUCAUUGCGCAGCUCCAACAACACAUUGUGGCUCUGCAGCUCAGUGAAUCCGCGGCGAUGGCCAAACUAGAGGCCGCCACCUCUCGCGUUCAACAACUCGAGGCCUACAAGCUGCGCGCCGAACAGCGGCUGGAUGCCAGCGAGCGCACCCUGUUCCUUGUCCACCAGGAGUGCAGAAAUCGCUCCAAGCACCUACGGCAGACCAUUCAAUCACUGCGCAGGCAGUUUGCCGGAGCCCUGCCGCUUCGCCAACUGGAAAAAUUCUCCGUGACCAUGGUAAGCCUCCAGGAAGACAGAGCAAAAGCCCAGGAGGAGAAGAAGACCGCGGAGAAGGAGAGGAGGAGCGCUGAGGGCAAGGCUGAGGAGCUGGAACUGAGGCUUUGUGGGCUGCAGGAACUCAUCUGUACACUGAAGGAUGUGAAAGGAGCCCAGAAGGUCACCGAGUGGCACAAGAAGAUGGAAGACUGUCGUCUGCAGGAGCUGCGCAAAGGUAGGGAACUGGUGGUCCAGAAGGAGGAGAUCAAGUAUCUGAAGAACCUUGUGGAGGAACAGGAGCGAACCAUACGCUCGCUGGAAGAGGACAUUGUGCAGCACAACAUGCUACAAGAAGAACGGCAACUUGCGUGGGAUCAGCGUGAGGUGGAGCUGGAGCGCCAACUGGACCAGCACGAGAAGCACCAGAGUGUGGAAAAGCUUGAUGAGGGUUCAGACUCGGGCAAAAUCAGAGAGCAUAGCUACACCAUCUCGGAAACGCAGGCCACCUGUAAACGUUUGUCUGAGAGGCUGAAAGAGAAAGAAGCAGCUCUGUCGAAGGCAGAGCAAAACAUCGAGUCCAGGGAUAAAGUUAUCAACGAGCUGCGCCUUCGGCUCCCGACCACUGCCACGCGGGAACACGUGCUCGCCGACCUCGCCAAGCAGGAAGUGGGCCAAUCCGACAGUCAGCGCGCCCUCAAGCUGGCUCACCAGACCAUCAAAGACCUCCAGCGUCAACUCGACAAAAAAGAAGACGUAAUAAAGAAGUUCCACAAACAAGUCGAACAGGAUCAAAAUGAGAUGAGGGAGAGACACCGCGAGGAGCUCCGAAUGCUGGAGCAGAAGCUGACCUUGCACUCGGAGACCUCCCUGGACCGCAUCAGACAGACUGCAAGGGAGUUGGUACGGAAACCCACUCUCAGAGCGCCGACCUCGGAGCACCUCGAGAGCCUGGCUGAGUUGGAGCAAACGGUGGCUGAGCAGGACCUCUCGCUCUCCUCUUUAAGAAGCUGCUUGCAGGUGGUUUAAAUAAAACUAUUACGUGUAUGUAACCUGAUGCCUUGUAAAAUAAACUCAAUAUGGAUGUUUUGCAGGAUGGAGGAGCACUGUGCUGCCCAGCUGAAGGCCCUGGCCGAUGACAAUGAGGAUCAGAGGAGCCAGAUGGCCCAGAUGGAGAAGGAGAUGAACUACCUUCGCACCGAGCUGGAGGCCCAGAAGGAGGCCAACAUCCGCUCCCCCAGCAACACCAUGAAAAACCUGGUGGAACGACUGAAAGCGCAGCUCGCCCAGAAAGAAAAACAGCUCAAGGGUCUCAGUAAGGCACUGCUGGAGCUGCGGGCAGAGAUGACGUCCGCUGCAGAGCAGCAAGUCCUUGCUGCCGCAGUGCAAAAAGAAGAGGGCCUCAAUGUGCAGAAGUUGAUUGACAAACACACCAAAGACUUGAAGGUGCGAGUGCAGGAACUCGGCGAGGAACUUCAAGCUGCGAAAGAGUCUGCAAAGGUGGCCAGAGGUCAGGAGAACACGCUGAAAAAGGAGGUGGACAGCUUGAGCCAGGAGCUCCAGAGGAGUCAAAAAGCCCAGAGACGUGCGCAGGCCGAGAAGGAGGAGAUGGAGCAGGAAGUUCAUGAGCUCAAGCAACAAAACAAGAGGCUGAGCAGCACUCUUCAGAAUCAACAAGAACCACAUGGCAGGGGGCUGACCGUUGAGAGUCUGCAGAAGAAGAUUAGGAGGCUCGAGUCGGAGUUGGAGAAUAAAGCGGACAUGAAAAAUGACAGAGAUGAGCGCGGAAAGGCCAAAGAAGAAGUUGUGCGGUGGGAGGAGGGGAAGAAAUGGCAGGGGAAGGUGGAGAAAGUAAAGCAUUCACUGACGGAGAAGGAACGCGAGACUGAGUCACUGUCGAAGCAGCUUAACAUGCUCAAAGAACUCUAUAGCAGGCUGGAGCAAGAGAAGGUUGCACUCCAGAAAAGGCUAAAGGCUCGAGGUAUAACAGCUGACCAGGUGGUGGGGGUGCGAUCCACUGAAAUGGAGAAGGAAAUGGAGGAGCUGAAGAAGAAGAACUCAGACCUGGAGACAGAGAUUCUCACUAUUAAACAACACCAGGCUUUACCUCACGAUGAUGCCAUGGACAAUCUGAUGCAGAGGAACCGCUACCUUGAGGAGAAAGUCCACACUCUGGAGAGUCAUAUAUCCAAAGAAUCUCUGUCCAGACCCUCUACUUCAGGAAGAGGCACCGGCACUCCCUCGCAGCGGGAUCACGACCUCCAAAAAGAAAACCUCAAGCUCGCCUCCGAGAACCUGGAGCUGCGCUUUAAGCUGGAGCAAAGCAACGUGGACUUACCGAGACUCAAGAAUCAAGUUGCAGACCUGAAGGAGAUAUGCACUGCUCUGAAAAAGGAAAAUGCUGAGGUGAAGAAAAAGCUGGCCCAUGUGCAUGGAGCUGGCCAGAGUGGUAAAACUGUACCUGAACUGGAGAAAACCAUUGGGCUGAUGAAGAAGGUGGUGGAGAGGGUACAGAGAGAAAAUGAGACCCUGAAGAGGUCGAGCGCGUCCGCGAAUAAAGACCGAGCCGCUGCUUUGAAGCAGGAAAAUGAGAAACUAAAGGCCGACUAUGAGAAGCUAAAGAGUCAAAGUGAGGCUGAGCUGAAUUCCAAACUGGAAUCCAAAACCAAAGGACUGGAGAAAAUCGUGACGGAAAACGAACACCUGCGCAAGCGCAUCAAAAGGGAAGCGGAGACUGCCGAGAGGCUGAGAGCCACCAAAAUGAAUCUGGAGGUGAAUAACGAGAAGCUCGAGGCAAAGCUGGAAGAAACCGACAAGCGGCUUCUCGCAGCUCUGUCCUCGCCGCUCACAGAGGGAGCAGACAAGAACUGGAAGGCGUCUGUCGUAACAAGAAUGUAUGAAAACAAAAUGAAGGAACUGGAGACGGCGCUCUCACAGAAGACCUCGAGCCUCGCCGAGCUCAAGCACCAGCUGAAGGAGGCGAAGGAGCGGGAGGAAGGAGCUCAAACAAGCAUCUGGGGGCUUGAAGAUCAGGUUGACAAGUUAAAAAGCAGAUCGACUGCCUCAGAGAGUGAAACGAGACUCGCCAAAGAGUUCCAGGCAAUGAGGUUGCUGAACACCGAGCUGCAGAAGGAGAACGCGGCUCUGAAGCAAAGACUGGACAAGCACAGUGAGCGCUACGGAGAGGCGUCUCCCAAACUCGAUGAGGGAACGCUGGCAAACCUCCUGCAGGCGGCGGAAAGCGAGAAAGCCAAACUCCAAACCGAGGUGAGCAGGCUGACGAAAGCGCUGGAGAACUUUGACCCGUCGUUUUUUGAGGAGCUUGAGGACUUGAAGUACAACUACAACGUGGAGGUGAAGAAGAACAUUCUGCUGGAGCGAGAGCUGAGGAAAGUGUGCGGUCAGUUUGGUGUCGAGGUUCAAAUGCCCCAUGUGUCCAUCAGUUAACUCGGGGGUCACCACGACUGUUCCCACUACACCCAUAUCAUACACUUUUAGGCUUUAAAAAUCCACUAUGUCCUUAGCAACUGAGGUCAUCUUCUGCCGUGAUGUUGUUUUAUACGAGACACUCACGAAAAAGUGACGACUGACUUGUUAAGCAGUUAUUUUUGGUGUAACUGAAUCAUUAGAAUCAGAACUGAACUGAACUGAAAUACAGUGGGAGCGGAAAGGGGUUGUGUUUCGGCUCGCAAUCGCCGGCUUUCGGUGGUGCGGACGCUACAUUAACCAGACUUCUCUGUUAAAUAUUGAGAUUUGAGACAUUUCCUUGCUAAAUGUUGGAGAUG